AUGCUGCCAAGGUUGCAGUUGCUGCCGUGCAAGGUGCUGCUGCGACCCCCCCUGGAGCAGCAACGCUGGGUAGUGCCUUAUCUGCCCUUGCAAUCAAUGCUGGCAGCGCGGAGCACGUGCAGAGAAUUUGUCAUGGGCUCCUGGCCCUGCUUUAUGACAAGGAGUGCCUUGCCGUCCACCAAGAGUUUGCGCAACUGA